CGACAACGUAAAGAAGUGGGCAACAAUGAUUAUAUAACAGCUCCUAAAGCAGGCCACCGGCAGACUAGACGACGUAACAGCCAAGGGAAUGAUUGAUUGGAAUAUAAUUUUAAAAGGAGCUUUAAAGUUUUUAUUCCUUCUGUAGUCUACGAUAACCUAGCCCUUUUGUCUUGCUCGCAUUCAAGCUACCAUGCAAUGCGGGCAGCACCAGCACUAGCACUAGGUGCCAGCAGACGACAAAGCAGAUUCUAGGUAACUAACACUUCAAAACUGCUUCACAAACGAAAGGAUGGCUAAAAUAGAGGAGAAAAUGCUACCAAUUUACGUUGAGCUUAACAGACCAGGCAUCACAACUGAAGAGGUGGAGGACGUUUAUGCCAGAUGGGCCAAAGAUUACGACAAGGAUAUGGCAGAUCUCAAUUACUUCGUGUCAAGUAACAAUGCUUAUGUGGUGGAGAAAGCGUUAAAGCACAAAAAUGAUGCCCUUAUUUUAGAUGCCGCCUGCGGGACUGGUUUAGUUGGUGUAGAACUAACAAAGCGUGGUUUCCACAACCUCCACGGCCUGGAUAGGUCAACUGCAAUGCUUGAGCAGGCAAAACAGAAGGGCAUCUACAAGAAAAUGAUGUGUUCCUCACUUGGCCCAAACAGGUUGGGUAUCCCGGACGAUACAUACGAUGCAGUUGUCAUGUCCGGGGCUGUUGGUUCUGGACACGUGGACGGAAGUUGCUUGGAGGAAUUCAUUCGCAUAGUUAAGCCAGGCGGGUAUGUGGUCAUGGACACCACUUUGAAGUUUUUCCACCGUGUUAGUUACCAAGGCAAGAGUUGGGACGAAAUAAUUGACAACCACAUCAUGGCCGGCCGCUGGGUCACGGUGACCAGACGCCUGGUGGAGCAGUCGUUUAAUUCUCUAGACGGGAUACAGUACGCUUUUCGAGUAAAAUAGACCUUGUCUUGUUGACAAAGUUUUAUGAUUUACUAAUAAAUGGUCUGUCUUAGGACAGAUGAACAGCUUAUCAACCGGAAUCCGUAAAAAUAAUGAAAUAAUAUCAAAUUGCUGAAAGAGUCUUUUCAUUAUAAAUACAUUUUAAUUCCAGCAAGCAUUCUAGUUUUCAAUACCAGAUAGAAUCUUAUUAUUAGACAAUUCUACUAGAUUUAGGGACAGA